CAUUGUGAUGUGCGACCUGCCCAGGUUUCGUCUAUGAGUUCAGCUUUUUGUUGUAAAUGGAUCACAUGAGAAGAUAAGGCUGUUUUCAAAAACAAGUUUAUGGGUGUGGGUCGGCUGUCAAGUCGGCGUCUAUUAUCAGCCGCCGCUUCACCUGAGUCUUAUCACAAAAUUGAAAGGCAACACAGCAGCGCUCUGUGCACACCUCAGGAAUGAUGCAGUAUAUCAGACAACCCAGAAUAAACAAAGUUUAAACUCUCUAUUCUUCCCAUGGCAACCAGUCCAAAGUUAGAAGUCAGAGGAUAUUUAAUCAGAGAAUUAAAUAAAGCUGAUAGGAGGAGACUGUGCUCUUUGUAAUCAGUUAUGCAACAGUUAUGUAACCGGUCCAUUUUUGACAGUAAAAACUAUUUCCUUGUUUCUUAGAUUUCACAUGAUAUAAUUUAACUCAACAGCCAAUCUGUACUUCCUGCCAUGCACAGACUUGUGGAGCAUUACUACAUAACACCUGUGACUCCUAAAAGGCUUCAUUUUAAUAUCUAAUUGUUUACUUUUACUUCCCAGCCACCAAACGAUAACGAUUCACAUCCAAACUUAAAGUAAUACAACAAAACAUGCACACAGGUGUUGUGUGAGCCUCUUUUGUGAACACUGUUAUCCAUCUUUAUGCCUCUAUUGUUCCAUCCAUUAUCUUUCACCUGAAAGGGUUAACAAACCUGCAACAGUGAGAGGCGGAGACAUGUCUUAACUUCCCCUCGUUCUUCAGGUGAAACCAAAUAAAUAGAGGGACGACGUGUCGAGGCUUUCUGCGUCUCUCGGAGGAAGAUCAAACUCACUUCAUCAGACCUUUAAAUCCGGCCGAGGUCCGACAUACAAAAUGGCUUCUGCCUGCACUUUCCUCUCUGAAGAGCAGUUUCGGUGCUCCAUCUGUCUGGAUGUGUUCACUGAUCCAGUCUCCAUACCAUGUGGACACAACUUCUGCAAAAACUGCAUCACUCAUCACUGGAAUGUUAAUGCCCCGUGUCAGUGUCCGUUGUGUUUAAAGGUUUUUAACAGUAGACCUGAGCUUCACAUCAACACGUUCAUAUCAGAGAUGGCUGCUCGGUUCAGACAGUCAACAAAAAAGAAAAGCAGCAGAAUGUCUCUGAAGAAACACACCAACUCUGGAGAAGUUCUGUGUGACGUCUGCACUGAAUCCAAAGCGAAGGCUCUAAAUUCCUGCCUGAUGUGUCUGACCUCCUACUGUGAGACUCACCUGGAGCCUCAUCACAGAAUCCCAGGCCUGAAGAGACACGAGCUGAUCGAUCCUGUGGAGAACCUGGAGGACAGAAUCUGUAAAAGUCACAGCAAACCUCUGGAGAUGUUCUGUGAGACGGAUCAGAUGUGUGUGUGUCGAAGAUGCAUCAAUAUAGAUCAUAAGCCACAUCGUAUUGUUACUCUAAUGGAUGAAUAUCAGAGCCAAAAGGCGGUGCUGGGAGAGACAGAGGAGGAAAUUCAGAAAAUGAUCGAGGAGAGACGCCUGAAGAUUCAGGAGAUGAAGGAUUCAGUGGAGCUCAGCCGGGAAGAUGCAGAGCGAGAGAAAUCAGACAGCGUGCCGGUCUUCACAGCUCUGAUCCAAAAUGUUGAGAAUCACCUGGCUCAGCUGCUUGUGCUUAUUGAGGAGAAGCAGAAAACAACAGAGGAGAAGGCUGAAGGCUUCAUCAAUGAGCUGGAAGAUGAAAUCUCUGAGCUGAUGGAGAGAAGCACCGAAGUCGAGCUGCUCACACGCACUGAAGACCACCUCCAGUUCCUCCAAAACCUCCCAUCACUUAACCCUGCUCAACCCACUAAAGACUGGACGGAGGUCAGAGUUCACUCAUCGUAUGAGGGGAUGGUGAGGAGAGCUGUGGCUCAGCUGGAGAAGAAACUCAGUGAAGAGAUGGAGAAGCAGCUUGAGUCUGAGCUGAGGAGGAUCCAGCAGUAUGCAGUGGAUGUCACUCUGGAUCCUGAUACAGCAAAUUCCAAACUGAUUCUGAAAAAUGAUGGGAAACAAGUGAACUAUUGCGAUGCAAAACACAAUCUCCCAGACAUCCAAAAGAGGUUUUCUACUUGUGCUUGUGUUUUGGGAAAACAGAGUUUUUCUUCUGGAAAGUUUUAUUUUGAGGUUCAGGUUAAAGGUAAAACUAAAUGGGAAGUAGGAAUAGCCAGAGAGUGGGUGAACAGGAAGGGACGUAUCACACUCAGCCCAAGGAAUGGAUUCUGGGCAAUUUGGCUGAGGAAUGGAAGUGAAUACAGAGCGUUUGCUGGUCCCGCUGUCUUCCUCUCUCUGAAGUCGCAGCCACAGAAGGUUGGGGUGUUUGUGGAUUACGAAGAGGGUGUGGUCUCUUUCUAUGAUGUAGAUGCAGCAGCUCUCAUCUACUCCUUCACCGACUGUAACUUUGGUUGCAAACUCUACCCAUACUUCCGCCCCUGUAAUCUUGACAAUGGCAAAAACUCUGCCCCUCUAAUCAUCUCUUCUGUCAGUGAAAAAAGGUUUUAGUAUUUAACCAUUAAAUGUCGCAGUUCAGCUUCUUGGAUCUCAGCCAUUUUGCACCCACCUCACCUGUGCUGGCCACACUCACCUCAGCAGUCAACUCAGCUCCCCUUUGCACACAGCUGCUUCUCAUAUACAGUCAAGCUAGGAUAUAAGCCUCUCAAGCUCACUCACUCUUUGCCAGGUUGAUCAUCACAACCCUGAUGAAGGCCACAAGCCAAAACGCGUCGGUCUAAUUUGUUAAUAAAGUUGAUCUUCAUACUACAAGUGUUGCUGCAGCUUUUUGACCUCUUCAAGCCUUUCACUCUUCAUUCACCUUGUCAGUUGGUGAAGUUGUGCCGCUUUGCUUCUCCAGAUUGCACUUCACCAUCUCAUCCAAGACUUCCCAGCACUCUUCUUUGGAUUGAUUACCAGUUGCUGACCCUGUGUGCCUCUGACAAUUGCGUCUUGUUGUAAUCCAGGAAAUCGGCGCAGCCUUGUGUCCAUGACCACGAGUUAUGGCUCAGCAUCCCUGGCUUCUUUCUUCCUCUCCCCCAGGGCUCCACAUAACAAGUUUCCAUGUGUCCUUAUCUGUUGAUUCCUGAGGUUUUGAGACCUUCACGGUGUCACCACAUCUUCAAACAAACCUGCUUACCUUCCUUACCCUCCUCUCGGUUCAAACUCGUCUUCUCCCCUCCCGUAACUGGAGUUUUUUGUUUAUAUGGACUGCUGACCUGUAUCCAUACCUGCUGCUGUCUCAACCACAUCUCCUGCCUGCUCCCUAACAGUACUUUUAUUCUUUCUUGAACUAUUUGUGUGUUAGUUACCUCUAUACCACACUCAUCCUUGAAUAACAUUCAAGGAUUUUGGGGUUGCACCUGGCCACAGUAGAGCAGAUUCUUGUGUCGGUUUCAAGCAGACACUCACGGUUAUGGAUUUUAUAGUUUGACCCAUGCCUCAUCUGCUGGCAUGGAGGAGGCGGGGCUUAUGGCCGGCAGUGCAACCAGUUAGUAGGGGUAGCUCCAAAUCUCUUGGCUUCACUUGUAGUGAGCGGCCAUGUCAUCCAACUUUCAAUACAGUCUAUUGUCUAGUGAUUAUUAAACAAUACUCACAUGCAUUCCACCAUGACUUGUGGAAUGACAGAAGAAUCAAAUCUCACUGUAAAUGAUCAUUGUCUAAAUGAAAAUAUAAGACUGAUAUGUGAUGCUUGUGUCAAUUAAAGAUAUUUCUUGCAACAAA